UCCACAGCUGAUGUGACUCUGGACCCCAAUACAGCUCAUCCCAAUCUCAUCCUGUCUGAGGAUGGGAAACAAGUGAGAUAUGGAGACACAUGGCAGUAUCUCCCUGACAAUCCACAAAGAUUUGAUUAUGUUGUCAGUGUCCUGGGAAAGGAUGGGAUCACCUCAGGGAGACACUACUGGGAGGUGAAGGUGGGGGAGAAGAGUGGUUGGGAUUUAGGCGUCACCGGAGAGUCCAGCAGCAGGAAGGGCCAGAACACAUACACCAGCCAGGAUGGUUACUGGGUGCUUUAUCUAAGGAAUGGGAACGAAUAUGAGGCUAAUUCAGUCCUCCUCCCCCUGAGCCAGAAGCCCCAGAAGGUGGGGGUGUAUGUGGACUAUGAGGGGGGACAGGUCUCCUUUUACAAUGUGGACAACAGGUCUCAUAUCUACACCUUCACUGCCUCCUUCACUGAGAAACUCUUCCCAUACCUCAGCCCCUAUAACAAUAGUAGAGGUACAAACUCAGCCCCACUGAUCAUCUGUCCUGUCAGUCACACAGACUGAAUCAGCACAUUUUCUGUGACAGGAGCUUUCUGGGAAAAUAAAUCAUUUAGUUCAACUCUUGCAUAGAUCAAAUUGUUCUCCUUUGUCUUCUUGUUUCUCUUUUAUUUCCUUUUAAUUGAGAUUUAUAAUUUCUUUCACCUUUUUUUAAAGAUGUUUAUAAAAUCCCAAAACUGAUUUUGCUGUUUUUGUAUUGCCCAAUCAAAUACUAUGAAGUGUUUGUGAUUCAGUAUAAUAAAAUACAUCAU